AUUCAUUUUUCCUUAAUCAACCAUCACUAUAAAUAUGACCCCUUUUUUUGUAGUUUGUCACAAAUGAAAACUGAACAAAAUCUUGGUCACACUCUAACAAUGAUGUCAUGUCCAAAACUCAAAAUCCCCCAUGUUUUUGGGGUUCUUUUCCUAGUUGUGUUAUUAGGAUCAACAGGAGUGAAAGUAGCAGAAAGCAGAGUUACUAGGGGAAAUGAUCAGCAUGAGUACCCUGCUAUUAAUUGCAGAAAGCACAUUGCAUAUUUGACAGAUUUUGGUGCUGUUGGUGAUGGAAAAACUUCAAAUACUAAAGCAUUUGAAUCUGCAAUUAGAAAUCUUAGCCAAUAUGCUAAUGAUGGUGGAGCUUUACUUGUGGUGCCACCAGGAAAAUGGCUAACUGGUAGCUUUAAUCUUACAAGUCAUUUCACUCUUUUCCUCCAAAAUAAUGCUGUCAUUCUUGGAUCUCAGGAUGAGUCAGAUUGGCCCUCACUUCCUGUCUUACCAUCAUAUGGAAAAGGAAGGGAUGCACCUGAUGGAAGAUUUAGUAGUCUCAUUUUCGGAACUAAUCUCACAGAUGUUGUUAUCACUGGUUUCAAUGGGACAAUUGAUGGUCAAGGAUCUUAUUGGUGGGACAAAUUUCACACAGAUAAAUUGAAUCUCACUAGGCCAUAUUUGAUUGAGAUUAUGUUCUCUAACCAAAUCCAAAUUUCAAAUCUCACAUUGAUUAACUCUCCAUCUUGGUUUGUCCAUCCAAUUUAUAGCAGUGACAUUAUCAUUCAAGGAUUGAACAUUGUUGCACCAAUUGAUUCUCCCAACACAGAUGGAAUAAAUCCAGAUUCUUGUACCAAUGUAAGGAUUGAAGAUUGUCAAGUAAUAUCUGGUGAUGAUUGUGUAGCAAUAAAAAGUGGUUGGGAUGAUUAUGGAAUAAAAUUUGGAAUGCCAAGUCAACAAAUAGUAAUUAGAAGACUUAAAUGUAUAUCCCCUGAUAGUGCUAUGAUUGCAUUAGGAAGUGAAAUGUCAGGUGGAAUCAAAGAUAUUAGAGUUGAAGAUCUCACAGCCAUCAAUACACAAUCAGCAGUUAGAAUCAAAACUGCCGUCGGUCGUGGAGCAUAUGUGAAAGAUAUAUUUGUUAGAGGUUUGAAAUUGCACACAAUGAAAUAUGUGUUUUGGAUGACAGGUUCAUAUGGAUCACACCCUGAUCCUAACUUUGAUCCAAAAGCACUUCCUAAUAUUACUGGAAUAAAUUAUAGUAAUGUUAAUGCAGAAAAUGUUACAUAUUCUGCAAGACUUGAUGGAAUUUCUAAUGACCCUUUUACUGAUAUUUGUAUUUCCGAUGUGACAAUUCAUACUGUUGGGAAAAAGUUGCAAUGGAAUUGCACUGAUAUUCAAGGAGUUACUAGCAAUGUGGUACCUAAGCCUUGUGAUUUGCUGCCAGAAAAAGAAGAGAAAUUUAGUUGCCCUUUUCCUGAUGACAAAUUGCCUAUUGAGAGUGUUGAGUUGAAGACUUGUUCUUUUAGAAGUGUUUCAUAUUUCUGAUUAAGAAUAGUAGUUGAAUUUUGAAUGUAAUAUACAUAAUGGCUUUAUUGUCAUGUAUCAAAACUAUUAGAAAAUAAGUUAUCAUAAUAAUUAUACACUAAAGCUGUGCUUUUAUUAGAACAAAAAUGUUGUUUAAGGUUGCAUUAGCAUUUGAUCUACACCAUAAUGAAUAUUAUGUGGUAUUAAGUCAUGUUUAUGUUAAGUAGAUUAAGAACAGUUGGAUGAGACGGUGAGGGUCAGCUCUGAUAAGUAAUGUCAAAUAUUUUGAGGUAUUAGUAUAUCCAGAUGCACGCCCAAUAUUGUCCUACCUGGCUCGAAGAAUCAGUCUUCGCAAUUUUUGCGUGCAAACAUACCUGAUUAACAGAAAAAAUAAAAUAGUAGGCAGUAUUGAUUUAGUUUCUUUAAUGUAUGGGAUGCAAUUUAGGAGUAAUGAAAUUUGAAUUUAAUUUAAACAA